GGCGGCUGGAGCGGGAGGGCCGAGGUGUCGGCCGGCGGGGCAGCGGCCCGGAGUGGGGGCGGGGGUGUUAGUCAUGUUUCCCUUCGGGUCCGGCAGCCCCGGAGGGGAAGGGGCGGAGGAGCAGGCGCCUCCCUGGGGGCAGGCGGCCGCCGCCGGGCCGCUCCCUUCCCCGCCCGCGCCGCCCCAACCCGGGGUUGACGCGGCCUGUCCCCCGUCGCCCUCCCGGAGCCCUGGCCGCCCCGGCGCCCGCUCGCCGGCCCCGGGCGCGCGCGCGAGGGAGCUGCGGCCGCCCGGAGCGCUGCAGUCUCCGGCCGUCGCCCGGGGAAAAGCGGCGUCGCCCUCCCCGCCGCGCCGGCGGCCCGCGCCCGACUGCAGGGCCGGGAGCCGGGGCCGCCAGGGCCUCAGCGGCGGCCCGGGCGCGCGGCUCUUCGGCUGGCUGAGGGAGCGCAGCCUGGGCCGCGGGCUGUUCGUGGACCCGGCGCGGGACAACUUCCGUACCAUGACGCACCUCUACGGCUCCAUCCAGCCCGCCGACUCGGUGUACCUCAGCACGCGCACCCACGGCGCCGUCUUCAACCUCGAGUACUCGCCCGACGGGUCAGUGCUGACAGUUGCUUGUGAACAGACUGAAGUUCUGCUUUUUGACCCUAUAUCUUCAAAGCACAUAAAAACUCUUUCUGAAGCUCAUGAAGACUGUGUAAAUAAUAUCAGAUUUCUUGAUAACCGGCUGUUUGCUACCUGCUCUGAUGACACUACAAUAGCACUAUGGGAUCUGAGAAAAUUGAACACCAAAGUAUGCACUUUACAUGGUCACACUAGCUGGGUGAAGAACAUCGAAUAUGAUACUAAUACAAGACUCUUAGUAACGUCAGGAUUUGAUGGAAAUGUCAUUAUUUGGGACACCAACAGGUGUACAGAAGAUGGGUGUCCGCAUAAGAAGUUCUUUCACACACGUUUUCUCAUGCGGAUGAGAUUAACACCAGAUUGUUCCAAAAUGUUGAUCUCAACGUCCUCUGGAUAUCUCUUGAUUCUGCAUGAUCUUGACUUAACCAAGUCUUUAGAAGUAGGCAGCUAUCCCAUUCUGAGAGCAAGAAGAACCACAUCAAGUUCAGAUCUGAGCACUUCAUCAAGUUCAUCUGGUCCUAGAGUUUCUGGUUCACCUUGUCAUCAUGGUGAUUCUAAUUCAUCUUCUGAGAAACAUAUGUCACGAGCCUCCCAAAGAGAAGGAGUUGCACCACGAAAUAGUCUUGAAGUCUUAACCCCCGAAGUUCCUGGUGAGAGAGACCGUGGAAACUGCAUCACAUCCUUACAGCUGCACCCCAAAGGCUGGGCCACUCUUCUUCGGUGCUCAAGCAACACUGACGAUCAGGAGUGGACUUGUGUCUAUGAAUUCCAAGAAGGAGCUCCUGUGCGACCUGUCUCCCCUCGCUGUUCUCUACGACUGACUCAUUACAUUGAAGAAGCCAAUAAGAUCUUAAAAGUUUGGAUGAAGAUCCUGGUUCUUAUGGGUCCAUGAAGACAUCUGUGACCUGAGUCCUUGAUCCUCCAGCGUCAUAGGGGCAGCGCCAAGUUAGACUCUAUGCAGCAGCAUCUUUUGCAGCAUUCCUCUCCUCCUGCUGAUCUGCGCCACUCAACUCCAGUUCUUCUGGGUAUUUUGCAUGGUCGCUCUUGUCAAGUUUCUUUUUUUAAAAAAUUUUUCUGAUGUUGGUGUGAAUUUUGUGGACAUUUGGCAGUUUGAUUGGGGUAGGAGAAACCCGUGACACUAGUAUUGAAUAAAACCCAGAAAUCUGAUGUUGGCAUACUGGAUGUUGAAAAAGAAAUUUCAUCUUCACUUAUCGGUAUACUUGGCCUUUUAAAGUUGCUGUUAUGUUUCUCUAUAAUGAGCACAGAUAAUGGCAUUAUUAUCAUAACUGUUAGAUAGUCUUGCAACAAAAUGUCUUUUAAGUUUCCUGUUAAAAUUAUACAUAUUUUUUCACCAUGAGAGGGAUCUUGUUGUGAAAUUCUAGAAAAAGUAUUCACUUCUCUUUGUAAUUUACUUGUAUGAAUUUAAAAAUCUCUAGCAUGUGUCCUUACUUGGUGUUUUGUUCCUGUCAACGGCAUUAGAAAGGAAAAGAGAAGGAAUGGGCUUUGGUCAUUUCCAUUGUAUAGAAGAGGAUUUAUUUAGUAGAUGUGUACACUAUCUGGCUACAGAGUGAUGAGAACAGUGUGGCUCAGAUUUUCUGUUUUCUCUGCCAGAUUAUUUGAAUCAGACAUGAUGACGAGUUAGAGUAUUAGGGUGGAGGGGAAUCAAGAAUAAAGAGGUCGUUUUACUCAUCUUUCUUUCUUAGCCAAGUGGCACAAGCUCACUCUCUCACCGCUAGUGAGAGGAGAGCUGCAGGCCUCUUCAAGCUGUUGUCAUAACGAUGAUGUCAGUGACUUGCAUGUCAAGGCUACGAGCUGAUAUGGAGACCUUUCUCCGUGUUUUGUUAUGGAACACAGCAAGUAAAAAACAUCGGGCAAAGGUCCAGCACGGGCUGGCUGCUCUGCUGAAGCAGCUUUUUUCUGGUCUCCUCUGCACUGCAUGGUGUAUUGUGUUUAGAAAGGAUUUGCCAGAGGCUAGAUUAAUUUAAAGCACUAGCUAGUUUUUCCCUCUUAGAUCACAUUCUCUUAGGCCAGUUUCUCAAACAUUAGGGUGAAAAAUACAGAAACCUGGCCCUCACCUUAGGAGGUUCUCACUGAGCCAAGGAAAGGACAAGAAGCUAUAAUUUUAACAGGAACCCCAAGAAAUCUUUAUUCAGGUGGUCCCUGGAUCACAGUUUGAGAAACACUACCUUAAAUAUCAGUAAAUACUUCUGUACCCAUCAGGUGCUUAACAUAACUCCCAGAAGGUGUUUUGAUUAUUAAAAAAAUAAUAAUAAGUAAAUGAAAGCAAUUUAAGAGGUAGAAAAUAACUUAAAAUGGAAUCAAUCUCAUUAUUUGAUGAAUGAGAGAAAUUAAGUGACUUGCCUAAGGUCAUCCUGCAAAAAUUAGUGGCAAAAUUAGGACUUGAAUUCAAGUCUCCUAAUUCCUUGCUCAGGGCAAUUUCUACUGUAGUAUGCUGGCUGUUAAAACAAUGACUUUGUCCUUAAAUUGUUUUAUUGUGAAUACCCUUAAACUAGCCAAUGGAUUGAAAAAGGAAGGCCUGGGAGUAGAUGCUGAGAAUUGCAGCCAUAAGAAGAAGAGUAUUUUACAUCUUACAGAAAUGUUUAAGCAACCCAAAUAUGUGAAUAAAAAUGACAUUUCUUUGUAGGACCUACCACCCAGCCGUUGACACACAUGUAUAGAGGUUACAUCUCACUUGGAACAGUGUUGGCUCUAGGAGAAAUUUUUUAAAUUAUGUCAUUUUACCAUCGAUAUUAAAAAAAUUGGAAAUUUUUCUGUCAUCAAAAAUAUUACCACAAAGCAUGGUGAAAUCACAGGUUUGCCAUAAACUUUUUUAAAAAACACUUAUUUAAAAGAAAAUAAAAUUUUGGAGGCAAAACCACCCAAUGUUGACAUUAAAAAUAAGCUACUAAGUACAAUGAUUAUAUUGAUAAUCAAAAGAAGGUUCCAUGAAUUGCAUCCCCUUUGGAGAGAGAGUUCCAUGUCAGCUGUGGGCCCACGUGUUGCCCAGCGCUGAAUUUCAGUCCAUUGUUCUUUAACCACUAUCAUGUGCCUGUCAUGUGCCAGAUAAAGUACACACCUUGCUACUAACCCUCAUAAAAACCUUGCAAGGUAGGGGGCAUGAGUACCAGUUUACUUUGGAGGAAAUGGGGGGUUAGAAAGUUUAAGUGAUUUGCCUUAAGACACAGAGCUGGCAUGGGUGGCAGCAUGGGGAUUCAAACCCACGUCUGUUGUAGUCCAAAGUCUGUGCUCACUACUCUACCACUUUGUUCUUUAGUUUGUAAAGGAUGGUAAACUGGCAUGUUAAUUUACUUGUUUAGAAUCCUCUGGAAGUUCUUUAUUACAGAAUUGGCUUAUCUUCUGCAUCAUGUAAAAGAACAUUUACAAGAUGGACAAUUUCCGUUAGAAUUAAUACCAUAAACUGCAGGGCAUACAUACAGUCCAUUCCUAACAAAAAAACCCCAAGCAGGAUAAGCAGCUAUAAAAUAAAGAAAAAUGGAGAAUAAACAGCCUUGUAUAAAAAUAGAGCCACGCAGAUAAGAAUUAAAAAUUAACAGCCAGCAAACUCAACAAAACAACCUUUGUCUUCUUUGAGGUAUGGUCAUGAUAAAAAGUCAUCAGGGACAUUAAUCAAAGAAUCAAAGGGCAUCAGGAAUGCUAUACUAUUGGAGGAAAUUACAUCUUACCAUUUCAUAGUCCCAUUUCACUUAGAAUAUAAAUUCUAAACUGGUGUUUUUUACCCUAAAUUUUAUUUAGUCAUUUUUUUCCUGAUAAUUGGUAAAUAUAUCAUAAUUGGUAAUGUGGUAUAAUUGUUGGUAAAUGUAUAAAUUAUACCUCUGUUUUAAAAAGCUUUCUGCAGAACAGUAUAUUUAUGGCAAUGCUGUUGAAUGAGUUCAGGAAUAUGAAAUACACAGCAGUUCCUUAUUUUCAACUGUGAAAAUGAAGUGGCUAAAGCAGAAGAGAUCUCUAUUUUAAUCUUUUGAAAACAUGUGUGGUCUGUCUUCUCGAAGCCCAAAGAACAUGUAUAUUUUGUUAUUUCUCCUUGUUACAUCCCUGAGGUUAUACCAAAAAUUUUAGGAAAACAAGCAAGAAAAAGGUAAAUUACAUGUUCCCCGCUCCUCUGUCUAGAACCAGGAUCACAUUAUAUCAUUGUUAAAGUUUUGUUUUCCAGAAAGUGCAAUAUAGGAAAAACAAUCUGAGAGUCUUUUAGCAGCCUAGUGUUUCUGCUGUUAGUCAGCAUGUAUGGCACUGGCAUCCGUAGGUCUCUGUUCAGUUUGUGUUUAGCGGGAGAAAUAGUCUGAUAGGCUGAUAACCGACUGAUGACAAUCAUCCCCAGUUACUGACCAGCAGUCACUGAGAACCAUGAAAAUUCACUCAGUGACACCCUGCGUUGCUCAUGAAGGAAAGCAGAGAAAUGAAUUUUGGGGUAGCUAGUGCAUAUCUCUUAAGUGCCAAAAUUUGAAACUUGUGAUUAUUUUUGAUGCGCGUCUUUCAGAUGUGUUAGUAUACCUCCCUGCCUUCUUAAACAGCAUGCUCAGUAUAAUUCACUUUUUCAUGAUGAAAAGGAUUCAUGUGUUAUUACAGAAAGUAUUCAUGUAUUGUUACAAAUGCCCAUUGAGCUCUGAUGUCUGUAAAAUACUUCAUAAAAUGUAAAGGGCUAUAACAAAUAUGAGUUAGUCUCACUUAUUAUAAAGUGAUUCCCUCAGCCCUGAGGUAGGUAGAAUCAUUUGCCUCAGAUUACUGGCAUUUCGUUUAAUUUAAAAAUUUUUAUAUCUGCUAAGUAGUUUGUUCUGUCUCCUACCACCCUGUCAAUAUGCCUGCCUCUAACAGGCUCCGCUUCCUUCUGCUGUGCUGUGUUCCUCUGUUAGGAGCUGGGGCACGAGACAGCCGAGCUGCUCAGUGUGCACAGAGCUGGACGAGCUCCCACGCACAGGCUUUGAGCCAGCUCUCCUGGUUGCCUACCACCUUUCUGACAGGUUCACAAUAACCGUCUGGAUAAUAGAAGUUCCCAGUUAAAGCCUAGGCUAGUGAUUUUCUCCGUUGCCACUAAGUAAAAUACGACAAACUAAUGAUGCUGCUGGGUUAAGUAAUAAACAGCAAUCUACCAAAGUGUGCAAAGCAACAGCACAGGCUCUGUAUUUGCACGGGCUCUUUCAUGCUUUCAAGAAAAAAGAAGAGUGCAGGGGGAAAAAAACCAGUGACAAUAAACUCCAGAUGGACUUAGUAUUUUUGAUACCAUUAAACUUUGUCAAUAACCAUUAAAUAUAUCCUUAAAUUAUCACA